GAAGCCGGCGAGGGAGCUGAGGGGGGCGUGGCCGGUCGCGUGACGGCGCUCCAGAGAGCGAGCGCGAGAGAGGGCGCCUGUCGGGUCCGCGGCGUUUGGGCUUCUCCUCAGUCCCUCACUCGCGCCAAGAUGGCGGACGAGGCGGGCGAAGGGCUGCCGCGCUCCGUGCUGCCGGGCCCGCUGAGGGGAGGAGGAGGCGGCGGCGGCGGCGGAGGAGGAGGAGGCGGAGGCUCGGUCUCGUCGGCUCCUCCGCCGGCUUCCUCCUCCUCGUCGGUGCCGUCUGGGCCUCCGCCGGGCCCUCGCGUGGUGCGCAUCGUCAAGUCGGAGUCGGGCUACGGGUUCAACGUGCGCGGGCAGGUCAGCGAGGGCGGGCAGCUGCGCAGCAUCCACGGCGAGCUCUACGCGCCGCUGCAGCACGUCAGCGCCGUCCUGGGCGGAGGGGCCGCCGAGCGCGCCGGGGUCCGCAAGGGGGACCGCAUCCUCGAGGUGAACGGGGUGAACGUGGAAGGGGCUACGCACAAGCAGGUGGUGGAUCUGAUCCGAGCGGGAGAGAAGGAACUGGUCCUGACGGUGUUGUCGGUGCCGCCACACGAGGCCGACAACCUCGACCCCAGCGACGACUCGCUGGGCCAGUCCUUCUACGAUUACACCGAGAAGCAGGCAGUGCCCAUCUCCAUCCCCACCUACAAGCAUGUGGAACAGAAUGGUGAGAAGUUUGUGGUCUAUAACGUUUAUAUGGCGGGAAGGCAGCUUUGUUCAAAGCGGUACCGUGAAUUCGCCAUCUUGCACCAGAACCUGAAGCGGGAGUUUGCCAACUUCACUUUUCCCCGUCUGCCGGGCAAAUGGCCCUUUUCACUAUCAGAACAGCAGUUGGAUGCCCGGCGAAGGGGGCUGGAGGAAUACCUCGAGAAAGUGUGCUCCAUCCGGGUCAUUGGGGAGAGCGACAUCAUGCAGGAGUUCUUGUCGGAAUCGGAUGAGAACUACAACGGGGUGUCGGACGUGGAGCUCCGAGUGGCCCUUCCGGACAUCACGACGGUCACUGUCCGGGUCAAGAAGAAUAGCACCACCGACCAGGUGUAUCAGGCUGUCGCCGCCAAAGUGGGAAUGGACAGCACGACCGCCAACUACUUUGCCUUGUUUGAAGUGAUCAAUCACUCUUUUGUGCGGAAGUUGGCUCCCAAUGAGUUCCCCCACAAGCUCUAUGUGCAGAACUACACCUCGGCCGUCCCCGGGACCUGCCUGACCAUCCGGAAAUGGCUCUUCACCACGGAAGAGGAGGUCCUCCUGAACGACAACGACCUCGCGGUCACCUAUUUCUUCCACCAGGCUGUUGAUGACGUGAAGAAGGGGUACAUCAAGGCUGAGGAGAAGUCCUACCAGUUGCAGAAGCUCUGUGAGCAACGGAAGAUGGUCAUGUAUCUGAACAUGUUGCGGACCUGCGAGGGCUACAACGAGAUCAUCUUCCCGCACUGCUCCUGCGACUCCCGCCGCAAGGGCCACGUGAUCACAGCCAUCAGCAUCAAGCACUUUAAGCUCCACGCCUGCACCGAGGAGGGCCAGCUGGAGAACCAGGUCAUAGCCUUUGAAUGGGACGAGAUGCAGCGAUGGGACACGGACGAGGAGGGCAUGGCCUUUUGCUUCGAAUACGCCCGAGGGGAGAAGAAGCCGCGAUGGGUGAAGAUCUUCACCCCUUACUUUAACUACAUGCACGAGUGUUUCGAGCGGGUUUUCUGCGAGCUCAAGUGGCGGAAAGAGGUGGAAGAAGAAGCGACAGACAAAGACAACAAGAAUUGCAGUAAAGACAAUAUGUGCAGCAAGGUAACAAACAGCGGGUGGGACGAUAAUGCUUUUCUCCGAUUGCAGAACAUCUUUCAGGUGAUGCGGACACAGCACAGAGACAUUACGACUUAGCCUUGAGCCGCCUUGGGACAAAACAAAACCGUAUUACCCCUUCCCCGUCCUCCCCGUAAAAAAUUUAACACUUUUAAAAAACGAGAGAAAAACAAGAGAGGGAAAAUGAUUUAUUGUACUCAUGCCCUUAAAACUAAAUAUUAAUACCAUUUGUGAAUUUAAUGUUUAAGCAACGAAGCCGUCGGAAAUACGGGAGCGGGGAGUUCAGUUCGUUUCCAGCGACAAAACAAAAAAAAAUCCAUUGCUUCUUAUAGUUUGUCCUCCCCUUUACCUUCCUGGAGCCGUGUUGUGAAAAGAUGGACGAUGCCGAGGGAUUGUUCGUUUCUUUCUCUUCUUUUGUUUUGUUUAUUAUUUUUUUUCUACAACUGGAUAUAGAUAUAUGUACAUCCAUUUGCACUGUUUGGACAUAUAUAUGUAUGUAUGUAAAGAAAAUUAUAUAUACAAACUAUCACGCACGUAUAUACAUAUAUAUAAUUUUCAUAUCGGCGGGCGUUAACCCUUGGAGCGCACAGAGGGGGUGUCCUUCCGCCUGGGUUUGUUGUGUUGUUGUUGUUGUGUUAUUAUUUUGUUUUGUAGAAAAAUCUAGAAGGAAGCAAAGCCGGGAGAAAGAAAGAGGGAUUAAAAAAGAACUAGCAUUAAAAGAAAUGCCUCUCUUAGUAUAUAGGGAUUUGAACCGAAACACGUCGGUUUCGCACGCUUGAAAAGAAGUUUGAAUCCCAAUGUUUUGUUUUAUUUGCAAUGGGACGAGAGUCUUUCUCGCUGUUUCGGGAGUUGGAAUAUCGGCACUUUUGGGGUUCCGUCUCAGUGGAAAUGCCCAUGUUUGAAUGUAUACGGUCGCGAAACUUAAAUUGAUUUUUUCUUUUUCCAAAGUGCAAAAUUUGAUUUCAAAUCCAAUUUCAAAUUUGAUUUCAACCAUUUCCUACCUUCUGGUUGGUUAUGUGGUUUCUUGAUAUCAUGCGAGUUCUUUGGUCUUACAUUUCUGCCUUUCAGGUUCGGCGUUUGGUUUGUUUGGGAGGGAGCGGAAGAGAGGUUUCUUCUUCGUGGUGCCUGUGAAAUGCGCACAUAUGAGUCUCCUGCACCUGAAUAUGUUAAUCUCAUAUGUGCGGAUUUCACAGGUGACCACUCGAAGAAACAUGGUUAUAUGUAAGCAACUCAUUCUUCUUGAUGUUGGAUGGGAUUAUAAUUGAAAAAACUGGACAUCCGGGACAAAAUUGUCAGCAAAUACAGCUGUGGUUGUCAACUAGGUGGACCAGUUUCAGGCAGAAGAUUAGACCUCGAGGAGACAUAUUUCUUCACCAUUUAUUGCCACGACAUUCUCUUGAUUUCUUUCGUUGGACUAAUAAAUGCAACCUUCUCAUCGUUGA